AUGGAAGACCUUUAUGUGGCCAACACCAUCUUUGCUCUCAAUUUCUUCAAGCAUAUGGCAAAUACAAAUGCUAGCCAGAAUGUCUUCUUCUCUCCAUGGAGCAUCUCAUCCACGUUGGCCAUGAUCUAUCUGGGAGCUAGAGGGGACACUGCAGACCAGAUGGCCAAGGUGCUGCAGUUCAACAACUUUGGAGUCCGAAAAAUUGCCAAGGAGCAUCCUCAGAGCAUCACUAGUUGUAAUUUCACGCAGCAGAUCAAGAAGAACGAUUAUCCUGAUGCCAUUGUGCAGGCUCAAGUUGCAGAUGAAAUCCAUUCAGCCUUUCGUUCUCUCAGCUCAGCCAUCAAUCCAUCCACUGGAGAAUACCAACUGGAGAGCACCAACCAGCUGUUUGGAGAGCAGACUGAGAGAUUCAGGAAAGAAUAUAUAGAGCUCUCCAAGAAAUAUUAUUCUACAGAACCUCAGGCAGUAAACUUCCUCAAAUGUUCAGAAGAAGCCAGAAAAACAAUUAAUGCCUGGGUCAAGACUCAAACCAAAGGAAAAAUCCCCAACUUGUUACCUGAAGGUUCUGUUGACCAAGAUACAAAGAUGGUCCUGGUGAAUACUGUCUACUUCAAGGGAAAGUGGCGAACUCCAUUUCAGAAGAAACUCAAUGGGCUUUAUCCUUUCCGUGUGACCUCGACUCAGAAAAAACCUGUGAAGAUGAUGUACUUGAAUGAAAAGCUGAACAUUGGAUACAUAGAAGACCUAAAGACUCAGAUUCUAGAACUCCCUUAUGCCGGAAAUGUCAGCAUGUAUUUAUUGCUUCCAGAUGAAAUUGGAAUGUCAUCUACUGGCCUGGAAUUGUUGGAAAGUGAAAUAACAUUCGAGAAACUCAGGAAGUGGACAAGCAAAGACACAAUGUCUGAAGAUAAUGUUGAGGUGUAUAUCCCUCAGUUCCAUCUAGAAGAGAGUUAUGAACUGCGACCCAUCCUGAGGAAGAUGGGCAUGGAGAACGCCUUUAUUAAAGGCCAGGCCAAUUUCUUCAGGAUGUCAGAAGGGACUGACCUGUUUCUGUCUGAAGUGUUCCACAAAGCCUCCAUAGACGUCAACGAGGAAGGCACUGUAGCAGCUGCCAGCACUGGUGGAGUUAUGACAGGAAGAACUGGGCAUGGAGGACCACAAUUUGUGGCCGACCAUCCUUUCCUAUUCUUUAUUGUAGACACCAUGACCAAUAUCAUUCUCUUUAUGGGACAGUUUACCUCUCCGUAG